CUUUCAUCAUCGCGUCACGUGUAGCGUCACCGAGUUUUUAGCCGUGACGUCACAGUCCCGCGAUAUGCGACUGGUGACGCCUGGAUGAGUGGCCGGCAAGAGCUGAGUCGUUGGACAUUCAAAUGGCGUUGCGGGACAUUUAAACAGCGAUCCGGGAGUGCGAGUUGUGUUGAGAAAAGCGGCAGUGUUGGUGAAGUAGAAAUGAAGGUACAUAUGCACACAAAAUUCUGCCUCAUUUGUUUAUUGACAUUCAUAUUUCAUCACUGCAACCGUUGCCAUGAAGAUGUGAACGAUCACAUUUCUGAUCAAAGCCACGUUCAUAGCCACAGCGACUACCAGAUCUCGGAGCAGCCGUAUCUUAAAAAUGGCGAGCUAGAGUUGUCGGCUGACAAGUUCACAGCACCAGAUGCUGAGCAUGAACAAAAGUACUACAUUGAAAAACUUUUCUUUCAUUAUGGGAACAACGGAAGGCUGUCUUUUACAGGGCUGGAGAAGCUCUUGGACAAUUUAGGUCUCGGAGAGGUUAAAGUUGUUGAAAUCGUUCAUGAAGAUAUUGGCCAUGAUCAUGUGUCCCAUCUGGAUGCUUUAGAUUUACAAGAAGGAAAGCAUACUCACUUGCAUAAUCACAAUGAAGCCGAUAAUGAAACCAAGAGUACAGAUUCCAUUAAAGAUGCUCAUACAUGUGAAGAAAAAAAGGCAGAGUCACGUAUACAUAAGAAAUCACACAGUACCUCAGAUCACCAUCAUCACCAUCAUAAGCAUAAUGGGACGCACCAUUCUCAUAACAGUUCCAAUUCUCACAACCAUUCAGUAAGUGGUUUAGAAUAUGAAGGACACAAUCAAGACCUGCUAAUUGGUUUAAACUCCACUCAUAACAGUCCUGAAGCAAAGGCACACAAACACAAGGACAAACGGAAAAGAAAAAAAAAUAGUGACACAACUGCAGGUUCUGCAUCCGAGGUUUUAGUUCAUCAUGUGCACCAUGAAACACAUGAGCAUAACCAUGUUCACAAAUCAGAUACUACCCAGGGUUCCUCUCCUCUCCAUGAACAUGCCAAUAAUGAUAUUGGGGACCAUGAAUCUGAUGAAUAUCAUCUAGGGGCUGAAAACAGGACAAGAAACAACAAGAAAAGGGAAGCCCCGCAUGACAAUCACAGCUUGAAAAAACAUGAUAUUGUUUUAACUCAGAAUCAUAAGGAGCACGGAGAGAACCUUCAUGAACAUGAUGAGUGCUUGAACAUCACUCAGCUGCUUCAUUAUUAUGGCCUGAAUGACAAUUCUCCAAUUUCUCCAGAUCAGUUUGCAUAUAUCUGCCCAGCUCUGGUAUAUCAGAUUGAUAGAAGGCUUUGCAUUAAACAUUUUUCAGAUUUGCAAGUGGAGAAUGUGGAGAAGAGUAAAGGCGGAGCUUCCGCCUGGAUUUGCGGCUUUAUCUCAAUCACUGUCAUUAGCUUGCUCUCGUUACUGGGCGUUAUCUUGAUUCCCUUCAUUAACCAAGGCUGCUUCAAGUUUCUUCUCAACUUUCUGGUUGCUGUAGCUGUGGGAACACUCAGUGGAGAUGCCCUGCUUCAUCUGCUACCUCAUUCACAAGGGGGUCAUGAUCAUGGCACAGAAGCCCCUAAUCACGGUCAUGAGCACAAUCAAGAAUCUCUGCAUUCUGAAGGGCAGCCUUUUUUAAGCGAGUAUGAUGGUGUUAUGAAGGGUCUUGUUGCUUUGGGUGGAAUUUAUCUGCUGUUUAUUGUGGAGCACUGCCUGUGGAUGUUUAAACAUUACAAGGAAAGAAUGGGGAAGCGGAAGUGGCUGAAGAGAAAACAGAAAGUAGAUGAGCCUGCAGUUGGCAGAAAAUUAUCUGAUCACGGCUCAAAUCGGAGGUCAGAUGCUGAAUGGCUUCAGCUAAAACCUUUAGAAGGGAUGCAAGAUUCUAUUGCUUCUGACCAACAACUGAAUCAGACGGAAAUGACAUAUGUAGAAAAUGUUCUGCAGUCCCCUGUGAAAGUUUUUAUUCCAGCGGAUGAAAGAACGGCACAUGUCAACAAUGACGGCUCCCAUUAUGAUGAGGACCAUAGCCUGCAAGAUGGGCAGUAUGAGAAUAAUCAUGAAAAGAUGGAGGUGCCAAAGCAACACAACCAUAACAAACAUUCCCAUCACUCCCAUGGUCAUUGCCAUUCUGGCAAAGAUAUGAAGGACACUGGCAUUGCUAGUAUAGCUUGGAUGGUUAUUAUGGGAGAUGGCAUGCAUAAUUUCAGUGAUGGCUUAGCCAUAGGUGCUGCAUUCAGUGCUGGGAUAACAGGAGGUAUAAGUACAUCAGUAGCUGUAUUCUGUCAUGAGCUGCCUCAUGAAUUAGGGGAUUUUGCUGUCCUCCUGAAAGCUGGCAUGACUGUAAAACAAGCAAUUGUGUACAAUCUUCUGUCUGCAAUGAUGGCUUACGUAGGGAUGUUGAUUGGUACAGCAGUUGGACAGUAUGCCAAUAAUAUCACCCAUUGGAUUUUUGCCAUUACAGCAGGCAUGUUUCUAUACGUAGCUCUAGUAGACAUGCUUCCAGAAAUGCUCCACGGAGAUGGGGAACAUGAAGAAAACGGACAUUGCGCAGUUGGACAGUUUAUCUUGAAAAACUUGGGACUCCUCCUUGGUUUUACCAUCAUGCUGCUAAUUGCCCUGUAUGAAGAUAAAAUAGUGCUAGACAUUCAGUUCUGAUUCUUCAUCUUGCCUUCUGUGACUCAUUUAUUGGCUGCUUGCUAUAUACAGACAUUGUCCAGCCACUGGUCCCAGUACCUGUGUGCAGCAUUCACAUGUGACUAGUAUCCAGAAGGUACAGCUACACAUGCCACUUGUAAGGGUUCACUCUUGCACAAGGUUAAAGGUCAAGUAUGAUUUCCUUAAGUACAGCUUUAAUUCCCAUGCCUUUUAGCUGCAAUGGACAAAAAGCCCAUGAGGAUACAACUUAUUGUGUGCACAGAAUGUUCCUAGUGUGCAUGUUUGCAUUAGUGGUAGCUGUUAUAUUGGUUCAUUGCAGUCUACCGUCUCGUAAUCUGGAGAGAAGCAGUGACAUUAUAACGUAGACUCUAAUAGAAAGUAAAUGAAAGAAGAUAGAAGUAUAGUUUGCCUUGAAUAUAAUGCCAUCAAAGUGUUUUUUCUUGACAAUAUUUGCAAAUGUACUCUACUCAUUGAAACAUGUUGCAACAUAUGGGGUAAGUGCUACAAAAAUGGGAUGGGUUACAUUUGUCACAGUGAGGGACAGUGCCAGUGGAUUCAUUUUGCUAUAUAGUAUGGGUAGAGUGUGACUUUAAAAAAGGCUCAACCAUGGAUUGUUCUGUCUGGCUGGAGACACGUGUGUGUAUAGAAAUAUAUGAAUUUCAGUUCAUUGGGAUGGCUUACAUCUGUUGAAAGCUUGGUUCCUCUGGGGAUCAAAUAGUUAUGGGCCAUAACUUUGGCCGUAUUUUCAUUAAGUUUAUGCUCUUUGUAAUGGCACUGUGCAAAUGAAGGGCCUCUUCUUACCUAUGGGCACAACAGAUACAUAUUGUCACACCAUAUGGCCCUUAAACCUGUUUAAUAUAAAUGUUCCCAGUACACGGAAACAGAUGUCCGGAGAUACUUUAGAUAUUUGUUACUUUCCUGCAUACUUUGCAUUGCUUUUCUAACCUUAAAAUAUGAUACAA